GUGUUUGACAUGGCAUACACGGGGCCCACUAAAAAACAGGAAUCAGGCAGCACAAGAAUCUGAGAAAAGGGUGGUGAUUGGUGAAGGGGCUCUCCGGACACGGUUGUACGAUGGGACACUCCGCAUCUAGAACCACCGUAACAUUACUCAUCUUCAUCUUCUUGUUGAUCUCUGAAUUUUCAUUCACCAUCGCUAUCAGAAAAGAUAUUGGCUUCAAAUUCAUUCCUUUCUGCAAUAACACCGUUCAAGGCAGAUUCCUUCUUUCCGACAACAACGGUUAUGUAUGCAAUGCACUUUCGGUUGACUCAAAGUCUCGUUGUUGUCCUCAAACUGGGAAGAAAUUCUCUUGUCAUGGAUGCAAUCUUCUUUCACAGUGUUGCAACUCUUAUGAAUAUUGUGUUUCUUGCUGUCUCAACCCUGCAAUGACAAAGAAGGAACACGUGUUGAAGAUGAAGAUUGCUAAACCUUCUACUGCAAGGACUUAUGAAAGUGUAUUUGACUACUGUGCUGGAAGAUGUCGGCAUAGUUCUGAGAGUGUGGUUCAUGAAAAUGCUUAUCUUAGUGACUUCCACCAUUGCUUUUCUCUACCGUCCAAUUCUUCUGUGGCAAAUAGCACUCUCACAGAAGCAAGGCUGAACGGCAUCAAUGUUGUUGCUGGGAGGCAAGGUGAAUCGUGUAAUUCAGUUUGCAAGUCAAGAGGACAAUCAUGCGUCCCAAAUAAACUUGUGGUGCUUAAUCAUUGUGACAUUAUACAGAAAUACAUGAGCUGCAAGGGAGGUUGCUUGGCAAGUGUUGGCACAGAUCAACCUGCUGAAGUUGUUUAUGACGCCCCGAAGUAUAUGAAUCCGGAAUCAUGUUUAUACACGGAAACACAAUCUAUACUUUCUUGUGAUGGUUCACAUCAGCACACAAGGAGACUGUGUCCCUGUGCGUAGCUUUUUUGCCUGAUUUUGUUGCACUGGAUGGGCGGUAUCGAAGUGGCAACUCUUGUUUUGAUGGUAUGGAAGGAGGAAACCCGUGCAAAGCAUCGACCUUGAGAAAUUUAAUAUACCAAUCCAUCAGCCUUUAUGUUGUAAAAUUUAGCUGAUUAGCUUUUCCUUUCACAAUUUGGAAAGAACGCUACUUCAGGCUGCAUUUGGAAAAUUUAGGGAGGAUGAGAUAGAGACACAAGGGAUAUAGAAUAGGCUAAAUGGUAAAAAGGGUUACUUUCAUGUUUUAAUGAAUUAACGAUAGAAGAAAUGUAAAGGUAAUAUGUUGCAUAUCCAAAUUUUAAUACAAGUUCUUUUGAACUUUUUGUUUUUCAAAAGAAUCUUAACUUAUGGAACAAAGCUAUUCUCAUUUAUUACACCAGUUUGGUGAAGAACGAAAGGCGAAAGGGAGAAUGAUACUUAGUGCUUUCUUACCUUUAA